AUGGGGCUUCUGCCCGCGGGCGCUCGCACCCUGGCGGUGGGCGACGGCGACCUCGCCUUUUCGGAGGCGCUGGCCACCUCGCGGGAAGGCGAGCUGGUGGCCACCUGCCUGGAGACGGAGGCCGAGCUGGUUGCGCAGUACGCCAACGUGCAGCAGCGGCUCUCGCUUCUCCGGUCCCACGGGGUGAAGGUGGUGUGCGGAGUGGAUGCCACGCAGCUGUGCGACGGGCCGCUGCAGGGCACCAAGCCCUUCCAGCGCAUCUUCUUCAACUUCCCCUUGCUGCCGAUGAAGGUGCACAAGGCCCGUGCCUCCAGCAUUGAUGUGCAGAUCGCCAACCGCGCCAUGCUGGCGGAGCUUCCCGGAUAG